AUGGCAACCCAGCUGCUGCUGUCGUUUCCACCUUCGGCGGAGGUAUCGGAUGCAGAGUAUGACAAGACAAUACGUUCAUUCUGUGUCAGUGUCAAAAAGCUAUCUUUAAGUGGUCUAGUCGGCUCAAACACAUCUGGACAGGGAAAUCAUCUUGAGAUACUGGACCCAGCCAUACACUCUGUGGCAUAUUUGCAUGUUCUUCUAGCAUGUCAUCAGAUUUCUCAGAAGUCUGAUAAAUCAUCCUUUCAGCCGGGCGGGGAAAGCUGGGAAAAAGCAUUAAUAUUCUUUGAGAAAUUUGACCCGGUCCAAGUCCGCUAUGCGGGGCGUGAAUUCACAAAGCUAGUUGAAAUCAUUGCAGUAAUUGCGAGCACUCCACAAAAGUCAUUGCUGGCCAUUCAGCCUCUCAAGAAUGCCUUGCUUCGGCUGGAUCCGUCAGGUUCAACCUUGACAGCAACUCAUACGUUGUUUGUGCGUACAUGUCUUAAAGCCAACGCUUGUCGUGCUGCGUUGCCAGUGUUAGAGAGAUCUAUCUUCCAUAUACCUACAUCGGUGGAUAGAACAUACCAUAAACGAGCGCAGAUACUACCCUGUGUCAAGGAUCAAUCUAGCUCUACAUUCAUUACGGAUUCCUCUGGUCUAGCGGGAAAGAUUACUCACCAGACUUAUCUUGAAUAUUAUCUAUACGGGGCUAUGAUAUACAUGAUUCGAAAGGAAUGGGAUGACGCUUUGAGGUUCCUGCACAUUGUUAUAGCUGCACCAGUCACUAAUACUGUCAGCAAGAUCAUGGUUGAAGCGUACAAGAAGUGGAUUCUAGUGCGUCUUUUGGCUAAGGGACAGGUCUCAGCUUUGCCACGGGGGAUACCUCCAUUUGCAGUGAAGAUAUAUAAGUCUCUCUGUAGACCUUAUGAAGCGCUUGCAGACAUAUUCCGCGACGGUACUCUGCAAAGAUUGGAAGCAGAAAUGUCCGUAGGAAUUGAUCUAUGGGAUCGGCAGGAUGGGAACGCCCACCUUGUAUACCAGCUCUCUGCUGCAUAUCGUCGGUUCUCUAUUUUGAAGCUGGAGAAGGCGUUUUCAGCGAUAUCAAUACCUGAGAUUGCAAACCGAGUCUCUUAUGAAUGCAGCUCUGCUCAAGAAUUAGAGGAGUAUAUCGCUUCACUGAUAGCAGAUGGUCAGUUAAACGCGCGACUUGUCCAGGCUGCGGACCCCUCUGGGCCUUCCGUACUUCGUUUUGGCAAGGAUAAUGCGGGCAUGGACAUGUCCGCAGAAGCUCAGCUCUCUGCAUCCCUCAUAAAGGAGAAGAACCGUAUCAAGGCCAUGAUAGACAAUGUUGCAAGAAUUGACGUGAGGCUUGAACUGGGAGAAGAUUACAUGGAGGGGUUAGUGAAAGCUCAGCGGAGGGCCAGCGCGAAGAAUAGAAACGCCACUACCUUCGACGAAGAUAUCAUGGCCACUUCCCGCUAG